UCUCUUUUAAAAGCUACGGUCUGCGGGCUUUUCAUUGCACGGACCAAAGGUUUGGAACUCACUCCCCAUUGACAUCUGACUGAUAACAUGCUACACUACUUUCAAAAAAAAAAACAUUAAGACCUAUCUGUUUAAAACUUUUUUAGAUUAGUAUGUCAUUUUAGCUACUUGAGCCUACAUCAUGUUUGUUCAUAGCGCUUUAUAAAUAAAAUUAUUAUGUGUAUCACUGUCAGUAAAGUAUUUUCUGUCGUACGAGCUACUUAUAUAUUUUUAAAAAAUGUUUACUUUUGUUUUAAAAGAGGAAGACUUCAUGAAGUGAGUAUAUACGUGAAAUAUAAUCUAAUUCUAAAACAACUAUUAAUAAGCAGUGGUUUUUUUUUUAUAUACACGUAAAAUACAGUAUGGAACUCUGAUCAACUACACUUCACAUUGAAGUGAUUCAACCCAACGGAAACGUUUCUUUCUUGAGGCCUUGACAGAGAGAUUGGCCCUUUAGAAAACCAUUAUGCCAAUAACAUAAUUAUUUAAUAACGUAUGUUAGGAUAGGUUCAGCCUAUCGGACAUACAUUUAUAAUUCAAAAAACAGAAAUGGAAAAGUGGUUUGAGUGCUGGGACAAUUCCCAAAAAGCCCGUGGAGUCUGGGAGCGCAUGAGGCGCCCUGACCGCACUUCCCCGUGGUGGAGGCUGUCCAGGCCUGAGCAAGCUAUUAUAGCACAGUGCAGGACAGGCCAUUGUCCUGUUGGCUCAUAUUUCUCACGGCUAUGGCCAAAUUUCGAUUCACGGUGCCCCCCGCUACGGGGAAGAAGAGGAAACCGUGCCUCAUAUUCUGUUUGACUGCCCCAGACUUGCUGAUCUCUGUCUCGACAUGUCUGGGAAACCAAAUGUGAGCUUGUGCUCCCAGAGCUAUAUUUUUAUAUAUUUUAUUUUUAUAGGCUAGUGCCAAACUUAUUAUUUGUACUUCCGCUUUUUGUGUAUAAAAAGUGAUGCCACGCUGUUUUUAAAACAGUUCAGUGUACAGUUGACCAGUGGUCAGUACCAUAUCUGUCUGUGUGACAGCUGAAGAUAUUUGUGGUCUGUCAUCUAAUUAUAUUUUUAUUCAUGUACCUGGGACGGCCUGCUAUUAUUACUGCUGUGUAACUGCUGUGUAACUGCUGUGUUACUGCUUUUAACUGCUGCUUUUAGCUGUUGAAUAUUACUGCUUAUAAUUGCUGUUGUAGAUCUAUUCUAAUUCUAGGGAAUCUAGUUUUAUUUUGUUUCUGUAGUGUUGCCUUAUUAGUGGCUUAGUUAUAUUUAUAGUCUGUUUCUCAGUUCUGUUCUUAGUGAAUAGUAAUGUACUGAGCCUAAGGCUAAGAUGUUCUUGUUUUAGAUAUGGGUUGGUUGUAAUAGUAGGAUAUUGUAGAUCUAGACUAGUUUAUUGUAGAUCUAGGUCUAGUGUAAUAGUUUUAGUGACUUAGUUAGAUAGUUGUUUUGAUCAGUUUGUGUCAGAUAGUUGGUUUGGUUAGUUUGUUAGUGUUUGUAGUGGUGUAGAUUUAGAGGGUUUUAGUUAGUUGCUGAGUUCAGUUGUAGAGUUAGUGUAUAUAUUAUUAUAAUAUUAUAUUUUAUUAUUAUUUGAUUCCAUGUAAAUAAAGUUUCAUUUUGUUUAUUUAUACUAAACUAAAGUUUGUUAUCUUGUUUCCAUUUAGUAUAGUUAGUUGUCUGGUUACUUAGGUGACUCUAGCCCCUUGGUCACCAUACCGAGGUGCACAGAUUGAGCCCACCCAGUAGCGCAAACAUCUGCCUACUGUUGGUAAAUUUUAAUGUUGAGCAGCAGAGAAUAGGUCAUCUCUCUCUAUCCACUCGCGCCUGCCUGACCUGCUCACAUUUUUGGUGUCAGAAGUGGGAUCUGUGCUUGAGUGACCAGACUUGUAUUUUUUAUUGGCAUAGAUUAGGUUUGCGUAGGAGUUUAGGCAUUGAUAGGCGGUAUAGAUAGUGUUAGUUUAGUUGUUUUUUUGGUAUUGUUAUUGAGAGGUUAUUAGGCUUUAGUUUUGUUGAGUAGUUACGUAGAUGAACAGCGAGGCAGCAGCAGCAGCAAGAAUGCAGCCGUCUCAGACAAUGAUCUUGGUGCCUAGGACAGAGAUGAGUAUCCGGCGCUUCCAUGGUGAUGGUCCUGCCAGGGAAAUUGAAGAGUUCCUUCAAAAUGUUGAGAGAGCUUGGAAGUCUCAACACAUGGUGCAUCCAGAGGAAAAAUGUGACUUCCUCUUUGCACAUCUAGGUGAGGCAGUGAAGGCCGAACUUAGGUGUCACCCUCAGACGACAAGGGCAUGCCCAGAUGCCCUUGUACAAGUUCUACGCUCCACCUAUGGAGAAAGGCGGAGCGUCAACUGUCUGAUUGGGCAGCUGUUCCGAAUAAGCCAGCACCAGUAUGAGUCUGUCCGCACUUACUCACACCGUCUCCUUCAGGCAUUUGAAGCACUCACAGACAGGCAGAGAGCUCUAUCUGAAACUCCCUUCAGCGAGUCUAUCCUGAGGGACCAGUUUGUAGAAAACCUCAGUGACAGGACCCUAAGGAGAGACCUGCGAGAGAGACUACUUGACAGGCCAGAAACUGAAUUCUUGGCGUUAAGAGACAUGGCCAUCAGGUGGGCCCAGGACGAGAAUGUCGCACCGCAAGUCAACGUCACAUGCAGUGAGAUAAAGAUUGAAGGCCAGCUAGCUGCGCUCUCCAAGCAAGUGGAGGAGCUUGCAGCCCAGAUUGUGCUCCUACAACUUUCGGGACCACAGAACUCUAACUGUCCCCACUGCAACCACCAUCAACCUGAUCACAUUAGCGGCAAUGUGAGACAGGUUACCUCACAACGGCGCGUGGAGACAAAGCGCACUCUUAACCAUAAGAGGCCAACGACGAAGAACAGGAAAUGCUACACUUGUGGCAAACCUGGCCAUCUGGCAAGAAAUUGCAGGCUGCAGAACAGGUUCCAAGGUCAGCGAAAGAAGCCAGGGAACCGGGCUCACCAGCAACACCCUUCUAGAAGCAACUGCUCGAAUUGUGGAAGCCGGGACCACUUCACCCGAGCUUGCCCUGAUGUCACUGCAGCAGUGAAUCGCGUUCAGGUUGCCUCAGUGGAACAACCACAGGCAGUACAACUGCAACCUGCUCCCAAGCCAACAGAAUUGUCGGUUGAGGUGCCACCGAAUCCUAGGCGGUCCAACACUGCUCCUGAUUCAAUUGUUCGCAGAAACCAACCCGCAGUGGCAGAAAUGAUGUCGAUUCAUUCAGAAGUUGCCUCACCUGACACUUCCAGUAAUCAUGCAGUAGGAGGUAGGGAAACAAAUCCUUUCCUACAGUUUCAUCCGGUCCAACCAGAAUCCACCUUGCUCUCCCAUGAGGUUCCUGAGUUGCAGAAGAAAAGGAACGACCUUCUGAACAUUGGGUGCAGAGUUCUUGUCGAACAGAGAGUCAGAGGCCAGGGAAGAAUGUUCAUGCAGUAUGAACCCUCGUGUUUUGUAAUUACUGCAGUACCCAAGUAUGCUUCUGGCUGGUACAUGGUGGAGGCAGAAGACGGCAGUACUUACCGAUAUGUAAGAGAGGAGGAAAUGAAGUUUGUUUCCUCACCAUACUAGCACAAUUCUUCAUUUGUAUAUUUGUAAUUUUUAUUUAAUAUGUUGGUUGCAUUCCAAUGUAUCAAGAUGUAUUAGUUUGUAAUAACUCUAUGAGUACAUGUUAUCUACAUGUGUAUUUGAAAGCUUUUUUUCAAAAGUUUAGUAGUUGCUAAACCUAUUUCAGAAUGUACAGAAUCAAGAGUAUUUUCUUGUGUUUUUAGCUGAUGAAGUGUAUAUUUUUUUUGCUUUUGUCCUUGUAAAGAAAUAUAAUUUAAGUCAUGUCAUGGAGAUGUAUAUUUUUGUGUGAAAUAGAUUUUAGUGUGUAUUUUCUUUGAUGGUAGAAUAUGUCAGCAGUAUGUAUGUAAUGCAUUUUAAGUAGUUUGUUAGUAUUUUGUUUUGCGAGGAUGCAAAAAAUUUAAGGCGGGAUGAAUGUGAGCUUGUGCUCCCAGAGCUAUAUUUUUAUAUAUUUUAUUUUUAUAGGCUAGUGCCAAACUUAUUAUUUGUACUUCCGCUUUUUGUGUAUAAAAAGUGAUGCCACGCUGUUUUUAAAACAGUUCAGUGUACAGUUGACCAGUGGUCAGUACCAUAUCUGUCUGUGUGACAGCUGAAGAUAUUUGUGGUCUGUCAUCUAAUUAUAUUUUUAUUCAUGUACCUGGGACGGCCUGUAAGUGUAGAAAUAUAUAUUUUUUUUCUAGAUCUAGAUCUAUACUAUGUGUAAAGUAGUUAUUUUAUUUUCUACUGGACUAUUUGUCAUAAUAGUUGGCAACAUGCUGUACGGAAGAUGGCGGCGUUCAUCAGUCCUAAUAGAAUAUUUUAUAAUAUAGUUUUGCAUUUGUUUUGCAGGCUAUUAUUACUGCUGUGUAACUGCUGUGUAACUGCUGUGUUACUGCUUUUAACUGCUGCUUUUAGCUGUUGAAUAUUACUGCUUAUAAUUGCUGUUGUAGAUCUAUUCUAAUUCUAGGGAAUCUAGUUUUAUUUUGUUUCUGUAGUGUUGCCUUAUUAGUGGCUUAGUUAUAUUUAUAGUCUGUUUCUCAGUUCUGUUCUUAGUGAAUAGUAAUGUACUGAGCCUAAGGCUAAGAUGUUCUUGUUUUAGAUAUGGGUUGGUUGUAAUAGUAGGAUAUUGUAGAUCUAGACUAGUUUAUUGUAGAUCUAGGUCUAGUGUAAUAGUUUUAGUGACUUAGUUAGAUAGUUGUUUUGAUCAGUUUGUGUCAGAUAGUUGGUUUGGUUAGUUUGUUAGUGUUUGUAGUGGUGUAGAUUUAGAGGGUUUUAGUUAGUUGCUGAGUUCAGUUGUAGAGUUAGUGUAUAUAUUAUUAUAAUAUUAUAUUUUAUUAUUAUUUGAUUCCAUGUAAAUAAAGUUUCAUUUUGUUUAUUUAUACUAAACUAAAGUUUGUUAUCUUGUUUCCAUUUAGUAUAGUUAGUUGUCUGGUUACUUAGGUGACUCUAGCCCCUUGGUCACCAUACCGAGGUGCACAGAUUGAGCCCACCCAGUAGCGCAAACAUCUGCCUACUGUUGGUAAAUUUUAAUGUUGAGCAGCAGAGAAUAGGUCAUCUCUCUCUAUCCACUCGCGCCUGCCUGACCUGCUCACACAAAAAUUAUCGACCUGUUUGGGGACAUUUAUGCACUACGCAAGACAGCAGGGUUUUUGUCCA